AUGCACACACUCGAGUGGAUAUUGCCCGCUCAGAAGAACGGCAAGCGUUACGUUAUCAGACGUAGUCCUACAGGCGUUCUUGUCUCAAAGCACGUAAUAUCCAGCGGCGAGUGGAUCGUAAAGGUAAGAAGCUUCCAGCAGCUUCAGACUGGCGACAAAGUGUCCACUGGCCACGGUCAGAAGGGAGUGGUGACAAUCAUGAGCUACGAAGACAUGCCCCAAGCCAUAACCGACGCAGGAGGAGUCGUAGUGCCUGACAUGGUGGUAGCCAUGUCCUCCAUUAUAUGUAGGCAGACCAACGGCCAGCUAUACGAGACGCACAAAUCGAUGGAGUCUGCGAGACUUGCCGCGAUGAGCAUCGCCCAGGCAGGCGAGCGCUGGGACGUCACAGAGAAGGUGACAGUCAUGAAAGGAUCAAGCGGGAGGAUGUACCACACGUGCCUCGCAAACGGCACGAUGGAACUAACCAAGGCCUCCUUAGGGUUUUUAAGGGUGCGCAAUCAGACUCAGAUGACCAGAGAGCGUAAGAACACCCUGCAGACUCCCACAAGGCGAACGAGAGGCGGAGGCGUGGCCUAUGGCGAGAUGGAGGUCCAGGCCGCAGUUGCUGCUGGUCUCACUAACUGUUGCCUGCGGCUGCUGCGCGGGUGCACCAACCCAGAAGGCUCUGUAGACGUAACCCUGCCUUACGACACCAUCGUUGUAGACUGCAUAUCUGCAAUAGUCUACAGCGGCUCGAAUGUCUAUACCCUUGAAGUCGAUCAAUAG